AUGAAGGCCAACAAGAGUGGAUGUCUGGAGCUCUCGCUGUCGGUUCAUGUUUUGCUGAGUGGUUUCGGGAAUGAGGUGGGUGCUGCCUCUUGCGACCUCGUGUCUGGCUCGGUUUCCCCACGGACUUCUAGACGUCCCGGUGUGAACCUGGGUCCCGAUGUCACGUUGGUUGUUGACGGGGAAUCAAAUGCUAUCCCGUAUGGCGACCUGAAAAGAGUUCAGGGAGUUGUUGCUGAUAUGAUACGAGACUAUUUCGACCAAGACGUUAAGGGUUCUGCACCGGAGAUAAAGACUGUCGGCCAGAGCAGCUUGGACCGCUGCAUGCGUACCCUCGAACAGAGAUUGGUGACCGUAGGAUCCAAUCCAGGCAUGACUUUUGGUACUUCCGGAAAGCGUCCAUGUUGUUCAUGGCAAUGGGCCGGAGUAGCCGGAGAGUUGUACGAGCGACUGGAUCGUGACAGGAUGGUGGCGUUACUGAAACAGUGUGCACUCCUUGUGAGUCGGCCAACGGGAAUGACCGACCAGUGGUAUUUGGCGAAGAUCCUCCAAAGGUGUUUGGACAGUAGACGCAUUAAAAGACUGAUGAAGAACGUAGGAGUGGAAUGCGAUGAGGGUUUUGAAUGUACUAUGCUCCUUCCCGACAUGAUUAUGGCGGACCAUUUCGUCCGUUUCCCGGCAACCAACGAAGCGGGCCGUCGUGUGAUCUUCUCAAUUUCUCACGUUGCUUACUGGUUGCUAAGAACGAAAGGUAAAGUGGGUCGAUUCCGGAAAGUUCUAGGAUCGGGGACAGCUGGCGAGUACCACUGGGGACGUAUCGACGAUUUCUCUAUUAAGCUAACGCGGUUUCUUUGGGACCUGUGGGGAGCCGAGCGCUUUGGGAGAAUUAGUCAACUUGCUAAACAACUGCUUCCUGUCGAGGUUGGUGCCUCCAUGCCUGAGACGUGCUUCUUUUGGUGUUUUGUAGGAGCUAUAGCUCGAACAAAUACACCAGAGUACCAAACAUUUUGUUCGCAAAUUGGAUUUGUCCCAGAGGGUAAGAAUCGUGUGUGGGUAUUGGAGGACCAACACAAGGACUUUGUCGAGCGAAUAACCAGACUCGAGAAAGAGGCCGGGGGUCCCCCGGAGGCUAUUACAACUGAAGAACUCCAAGCUCCGCAAGGGGUGGAUGCCAAUGUGGAAGAAGCUCAGAAAUAUGUUGCUGAAAUGAUACAGGAUUUUUGCAAGGUGGAGGGACCGAGUACAGCGCCAUUGAGCACACUUGCAGAACCCUCCCUCUCCCAAAUAAUGACUAUCGUAGAGAAUAUUCUCUCUCAUGGGCAGAACAUAACGACGCCGUCACAUCACGGCACAUGGCGGUGGGCUAGGGUGGCAGGAGCAUUAUACAACAGAUUGGAUCGCAGUAGAAUCCUCGAAUUGCUUGAUAGCUGCCAAACACAUUUCGGUGGUCGAGAGGAAAUGACGGACCAGUGGUACUUGACGAAACUUCUUCAGGCGUUCGCAGGACGUCGAAGAGCUGCUUCGAGUUCUCUUGUAGACCGCAUAAUGAACCCAGACGAGAGGACAUUUGCUGGCAUGAUCUUGCCUGACAUUGUUAUGGCCCGUCACUUCGUAGGCUUGCCUGCAACAACUACAGAAUCCGACAGGCUGACCAUUUGGACAGUAAUUCAUGUCGUCUCCUGGAUGAUAAAGGCACGCUCCAAUAAGAUUUCUGGCAAACAAACACGGUACAUGAAUGCUGGAAUCGACGAUAACUCCAUCGAACUAGCAGCGGUUCUAUUCAAUCUGUGGGGCCCUGAACGCUUACAACAACAAUACGUGGGAGCGGCAGCAAAGUUGUUGGGCACUUGCGCCAUCAUCUUGGUCUUGACUCCGGUAUGCAAUCCGACACGAAAAGCCGAAAACGGAAAGUACAAGACGAAGGCGAUGCGUUUUUCGGACGGCUACCGGACACCAAUCGCCCACAUCCCACCCGGACCUCUCCCUGUUCAACAAAAACCCCUGCAGGCACACCUACCCGUCAACUAA